AUGGAGUUCAAGCGGCUUAUCAGGAUGGCCUUGCCUAUAGCUGUCGCUUCCUUUUUCAGUUAUACAUUUGGACCCGUGAGUAUCGCUUUUUGCGGUCGACUUGGCAAAACGGAGUUGGCCACGAUCGGCUUGGCAAUGUCAAUAUUUAAUAUGGCUGGAUUAUUCGCGACAAGUGGAUUGCUGACGGCUAGUGACACCAUGUUUUCACAGACCUACGGAAGCAAGAUGCGGUACAAGAUAAGCAUACAAUUGAAGCGAUCCUUAGCCGUUAUCACAAUCUGCUGUAUCCCGUGCUGUGCUCUGUAUAUGUGUAUAGAGCCCGUGUUGCUCAUUUUGGGACAAAAUCCUCAAAUUUCACAGCUUACAUCCGGAUUCCUUCUUCGGCUUAUUCCUGCUCUUUUUUUCGCUGCAUGGGGACAAGUUCUGACCAGAUAUGUGCAAAACCAGAACCAUUUAUACGCUCCUCUGCUGUUCAAUAUGCUUACAAACGGAGUCAACGCAUUGCUGCAUUAUAUUUUUUUAUUUCAAUUGCACAUGGGUCUCAAUGGGUCCGCAUUUGCACAAACAAUGGCCUACCUUUUUCAAGCGGUAUGCUUCUUCAUAUACAUUUGCUUUUCCAAGAAAAUUGUAAAGUUUAAUGCUGAAAACACUUGUGAGUUUUUGGAGGACUGGGGUAGUUGGCUGCGAUUGGCCAUCCCCGGACUCGUCAUGGUAUCGUUAGAGAGCACUCUUUUCGAAUUGGGUGGAUUAGUUGCGGGUGAGUUUUCAGCAGGAAAGUGCUUGCCAUUUGCACGUAGCAGAUAUUCAGAGUGA